UGGAGUUUAAACUGGUUUUAUCUAGUUUCAUGUUUACUCUGGGUGGGGCUGGAAUGAUUAUCCUGGAUCAGACUCACAAUCCACUGACACCAAAGUUCAACAGACUCAUGUUACAAUUUGUGGGAUUUGGAGCUCUUAUAAUAUCCUUCAGUUGCUGCUGGAUAUUCAUGAGAAUGAAACUACCUGGAUAUCUACAGAACUAGAGAACCUGUGAUUUGUAUGGAAGGCACCGUGUGAUUGAAUUUCCAUUUAUCCUGAGAUGUCAGACCAUCAAUCCCCAAGCUAUCUUUGACUUUAAAGCAUUGAGUUUAAAUCCAUCCUCUAAAACAGAAGCAUCAAGUUCCAACUAAUCAACCUACGUCGGAAUUCAGAGCGUUUAGUUCCAAGCCGUCAUUUAUUGAGUUCCAAAAUCCAAAAUCUUCAGAAUUUGGAAAAUGGAUCAAUGAUCAUCCAGUUCAGAAGCAAUGAAUUCCAAACCAUUUAUAGAAUCGAGAGCAUCUCGUUCCAAAACAUAUUUUGAAUUUGUUUCAUCAUGAAUCAAGAAUUAAGAACCAAGAUGGUGUCAAUAUCUAAACUUUUCCAAGUCGUAAUGUGUGAUAAAUUUUGUAACUUUGGUUACCUUGCAUUUUAUUAUUUUUGCCUUGUUUUUAUUUUAAACCAUGUUUCGUGUUUUCACAUCACGACCAAGUAACAUUUUACAUCACAAAGUUUCAAUGUUUUUGUUUUUUGUUUUAUUUUUAUACUUGUUCUUUCAGAUCUAAUAUGCACUGAGAGCCAAGGCGACCUUAUUUCGUUAGGUUUCCAAAAACAACUUCAAGAUGUCAGGGGGAGCUACAGAACGUUCGAUUCGCAUGUGCGACAUUAACGAGAUGAUUACUUGCAAAAUAUGCUCGGGCUAUUUGAUUGAUGCCACCACUAUUGUUGAAUGCCUCCAUACCUUCUGCAAGUCAUGUAUUGUCAAACAUCUAAACUCAGAUGAUAAUAAUACAUGUCCACAGUGCGAUGAAGUUAUCCAUCAGUCGCAUCCCCUAAACUUCAUCAAGUUUGACAGGACGAUGCAGGAUCUGGUUUAUAAACUCGUCCCUAACCUAGAGAAGAACGAGUAUAAGAGGGAACGUGAUUUCUACGCUGAAAAGGGAGUUCCGUGUCCUAAGGACGUGGAGGCAGAAACUGAAAAGGAUGAGAAGCUUAAAAAGGAAGAGGAGGAUCAAACCCCGGAUGUAAAUACAAACCUAGAUUACCACAGGUUUGAUGAGCAGGUCAACCUUGUCCUUGAACCUAAACCUGGAUCUGGGAUGAAGGAGCUCAAGAGAAAGUUUGUCAGAUGUUCAAGUUUGGCUACUAUCACCCACUUGAAGAAGUUUAUUGCUCUGAGAUGCCUGGAGUCCAUGGAGAACUUCAGGGAGCUGGAUAUUACAUGUGAUGGGGAACUAAUCCCUAAAGAUCAUACUCUCAAGUUUGUUUAUAUCACAAGAUGGAGAACUAAACCACCACCCUUAAAGCUGAUGUAUUCACCAAAAAUAGAUGUGGAGCAUGAAAAUGAAGAAGUAGAGAAAACUAAGAAAACAUCAAAAAAUAAUCAGGCUCCUCAAUGGAAACUUCAACCUAAGCUCAACUAUGAUGAUGACGAUGAUGAAAGCUGAAAUGGAUCAACAAUAAAUAACUCAGUAUUUUAUAUUUGUACUUUUAGAACUAGCUGUAGUUUACACUGUACAGUUAUACCUAUUUCCAG